AUGUGCUGCAACUACGGAAACUCUUGUGGUAGCUACGGCUAUGGCUGUGGCUAUGGUUCCGGUUACGGCUGUGGCUAUGGAUCCGGUUACGGCUGUGGCUAUGGUUCCAGAUACGGCUGUGGCUAUGGUUCCGGAUACGGCUGUGGCUAUGGUUCCGGAUAUGGCUGUGGCUAUGGUUCUAGAUAUGGCUGCGGUUAUGGCUCUGGUUAUGGCUGCGGCUAUGGUUCCGGAUAUGGCUGUGGCUAUGGUUCUGGUUAUGGCUGUGGCUAUGGUUCCGGAUACGGCUCUGGCUAUGGAUCUGGUUUUGGCUCCUGCUGUGGUUACCGUCCAUUUGUCUACAGAAGUUGUUAUUCUUGCUGA